CCUGCGCUUCCUCUUAGCGUGCCUGUUGGCGGGUGUUUGCGUUGAAACAACACUGAAGCCGACCUUAAAGGGGAGGGAACAAAGAGGGGGAGCCGGGGCCCUUUAAAACAAGGCGCGCCGGUACCUGCCCCUUUAAGGGUGGGGCGGCCAGAAGACUGAAUCUGAGCCCCAGAUUACCCCGAGUUUCCGUCACAGGCUGAGAGGAAAGGCUUCUUCGCUGGGUCCGGGUGUUUGGCGGCGGCGGCUUCAUCCCCGCUGGUCCUCCCCGGGCCCGGAGACACCCCCGCCCCAGUCAUGCUGAGCAGAGUAUGGAAGCAGCUGAUUACGAAGUGCUAUCCGUGCGAGAGCAGCUAUUCCACGAGAGGGUCCGCGAGUGCAUUUGGAUGAUGAAGAUGCCACAGUCAACAAGAUUGCGUGAGUGUCACUGCCUUUAGAAGCUGGGAUCUGGUGAGGCCCUGGGGCUGGAGGAGAGUGAGGUAUCAGACAGUGAAGGGAGAGUUUCCGCUUCCGCCUCAUUUCUGGCUUCUUCCGGCUUCACCCCAUCUUGGGGACUCUUGGAAAAGCUGCUCUUCCUGUCUCCCUGGUUAGGCCAGGAGCUUCUAGGAGCCUCUUGGCCAGGAACUUGUCUGCUGCAGGCCUGAGUCACCAGAAAUGGCUCUGGCUUGGCUUCAACUCUCAGCAGCCAAGGGGGGGAGUGGGGUGGGUGUGGAGGUGGGGAUGCAGACCGGUGGAAACGGCAGGGGAUGGAGAAGGUGGAACCCCUGAGGGUAGGGCAUGCUUGGUUCUGAGAUGGUGGCCCCUACUCUAAGCUGUUAUUCACUAGCACCUAUAGAGAAAAAUACAGAGAUGACCCCUCUAGGUCAACAGACAACAGAUUAGAAGAAGGCAAUCCCUGCUCCCCCCCCCUCAUGGACCAACAAGAUAGUGUCCCUUCUUUUGAGCUGAUGCAGCCCAGGGCACAGGCCUUGGCUAUGACGCUGGGUUUCAGCUCCCCCAUUCCUCCCUUUGUAUUAGUGCCUCCCUUCUGCAGGGCACAGGCAUAGGGGGUGCCCCUGCUCUGUCCGGGCUGAGGAAGGCAAGCUCAGAAAUCCACAUCCCUGAGCUGAGCAGAGACGAGAAGUCAGGACCCUUAGCUUGGCAUCAUGUGUAGCACACCCUGUAGACAUGUGCAGGAGGACACAUUCCUGGGGACAGUCUGGGCAAGUGACAGGGCAGGUGACCAGGUUCCCAUGAGUGCCUGAGGGAUGCUCAUCCUAUGUGCCAAGGCUUCUCUGGAGGUAAGGGCUAAGGUGGGAAGACAGUGGGUAGAGCCUCAGCUGGAUGGCUCCUUUCCUGAGCCUGCCACUGCUACAACUGGCUCUAGGGAAGGUCACAGAUGCCCAUAGGGAUGAAUGGGGUGUCUUGGGCCCAAAGAAGUGAGUGUCUGAACCAAGCAGGGGCACUGCCUCUUCUCUGCCCAGGCUCGAGCUGUGCACCUUCACCCUGGCAGUCGCUUUGGGUGCUGUCCUGCUCCUGCCCUUUUCCAUCAUCAGCAAUGAGGUGCUGCUCUCACUGCCUCGAAACUACUACAUCCAGUGGCUCAACGGCUCCCUCAUCCAUGGCCUCUGGAACCUGGUAUUUCUCUUCUCCAACUUGUCCCUCAUCUUCCUCAUGCCUUUUGCAUACUUCUUCACUGAGUCUGAGGGCUUCGCUGGCUCCAGAAAGGGUGUCCUGGCCCGGGUCUACGAGACGGUGGUGAUGUUGAUUCUUCUCACUCUGCUGGUGCUGGGCAUGGUGUGGGUGGCAUCAGCCAUUGUGGACAACGACAAGGCCAGCAGGGAGUCCCUCUAUGACUUCUGGGAGUACUACCUCCCCUACCUCUACUCCUGCAUCUCCUUCCUUGGGGUGCUGCUCCUCCUGGUGUGUACUCCGCUAGGUCUCGCCCGCAUGUUCUCCGUCACUGGGAAGCUGCUGGUCAAGCCCCGGCUGCUAGAGGACCUGGAGGAGCAGCUGCACUGCUCAGCCUUUGAGGAGGCAGCUUUGACCCGCAGGAUUUGCAAUCCCACCUCCUGCUGGCUGCCCUUGGACAUGGAGCUGCUGCACAGACAGGUCCUGGCUCUGCAGACACAGAGGGUCCUGCUGGAGAAGCGGCGGAAGGCUUCAGCCUGGCAGCGGAACCUGGGCUAUCCCCUGGCCAUGCUGUGCUUGCUGAUACUGACGGGCCUGUCUGUGCUCAUCGUGGCCAUCCACAUCCUGGAGCUGCUCAUCGAUGAGGCUGCCAUGCCCCGGGGCAUGCAGGGUGCCUCCCUGGGCCAGGUCUCCUUCUCCAAGCUGGGCUCCUUUGGUGCCGUCAUUCAGGUUGUACUCAUCUUUUACCUGAUGGUGUCCUCGGUCGUGGGAUUCUACAGCUCUCCACUCUUCCGGGGACUGCGGCCCAGAUGGCACGACACAGCCAUGACGCAGAUCAUUGGGAACUGUGUUUGUCUCCUGGUCCUAAGCUCAGCUCUUCCUGUCUUCUCUCGAACCCUAGCCUCCACCUUUACUUCAUUUUCUCAGUGGAGAAGCACCACUCUCCCCCAGAUCUUCCUUUGGGGGCUCACUCGCUUUGACCUGCUGGGUGACUUUGGACGCUUCAACUGGUUGGGCAACUUCUACAUCGUGUUCCUCUACAAUGCAGCCUUCGCAGGCCUCACCACUCUCUGUCUGGUGAAGACCUUCACUGCAGCUGUGCGGGCAGAGCUGAUCCGGGCCUUUGGGCUGGACAGACUACCGUUGCCUGUCUCCGGUUUUCCCCGAGCAUCUAGGAAGACCCAACACCAAUGACCUCCAGCGGAGGGUGGGAGGGAGAAAACUGGACACUGCCAUAUGCUGCCCAGGCCUGGAGGGGCGCCCAGGGGUGGGUGGCCCUCAGGACCUGGAAUCUGAGAGGGUGGGUGGCAGAGGGGAGCUGAGCCGUCUGCACUGUUGCAUAAUCUGAGCCAGAGUUUGGGACCAGGCCCCCCUGCUCUUCCAGAUUUAACUGUGGGCCCCAGCAUGGGGUGGGGCUGGGUGACAGGGUCUGGCUCCUGGUCCCAAAUCCGUUUACACAUCCAUCUGCUGCCUCACUGCUGUUCCGGGCUAUGCCCAUUGCUAUGUUUACAUGAUUUGAUGUGCAAUAGGGUGGGGUGGGGGCAGGGGAGGGACUGAGCCAGGAGCAGACUCGGGAGGCAGAUUGUCUCCCUUGCCUCUGGCCCAGCAGAACCUAAGCACUGUGCUAUCCUGGAGGGGCUGCGGACCACCGGAGAGACGAGGGCAUAGGGAGGAAGAGACCACAACCAUCAGCAAUAAAGUUGAUCCCAGGGUUUGCUUUGUUUUUUCAAA